AUGAAAGUAAUAUUUUAUUGUCUAUUAGUGUUAUUUUUUUACUUUUUAUAUAGUACAAAUUUAGAUAAAAUAUCCAUAGAUAUCCAAAGGAAUUCUCUAUUGAAGUUAACAGCUGCUAAUCAAAAUCCUGGUGCAGAUGAUGACCCUAUCUUACAAUGUCAACAAACUCUCGAACAAUUACAGAGUCAACUUAGUACAGUAAGUACAUUAAUACAAGCAAAUUUAGAGAAGUGGGAGAGUUUGUGUAAUCCACCUCAAUCGCCCUUAAUGGAGGAAAUUUGUAAGAUUUUACUAGAUAUUCUUACAGACUUAUUCAAUCAAGAGGAAAGUCUCAAGAAUGAAAUUUCUCAGAAAGAAGCUGAACUAGAAAAUUUACAAUCAGCUAAUAAUUAG